AUGCAAGGUAACAGCAGUCUUACUACGACCAGCAGUGACUACCACAUGCAAUUGGUUUCUUCUGACAGAGUAAAAAGAGCUCUUUCAAUAGCUCUUGUUCAGAUAUUUGUAUGGCCUUCUGUCUACACCAACUUUCUGAUGUUUUUUGCCUUCUCUAGGAAACAGGUAUUCCAGUCAGAGACACGUUAUAUAUUGUUUGCACAGACUGUGCUGGUGGACUUGAUUUUCCUUCUACUGACAAAUUUUGUGGUGAUUCUUUCAUUUAAUGAUGCACUGAUGCCAGUGGCCUUCUGUAUCCCUCUAUGCAUGAUGAUGGAGAUGGUCACAAACUGCACACCAUUAACCAUCACUGCUAUGUGUGUGGAGCGUUAUGUGGCCAUCUGCAUGCCGCUCAGACACAGUGCUAUUUCUACCACCAGCAGGACGAUGAUUUUGAUCCUUGUGAUUUGGAUCAUAAGUGCUAUAUUUCCAUUUAUGGAUGUCUUUAUCCUUAUUGCAACAUCUUCACAGGAGUACCUCGUUGAACUCACCUAUUGUCACUAUGAAAUAAUGACACCGGAGCACUGGCAUCGCCACAUGAGGGGAAUUAUUUACAUUCUAUCUUUUGUGGUCAUAGUCUUGGUUGAUAUCUUAUGUUUUGUAAUGAUUUCUGUUGCUGCACGGGCUGCCUCUGGUGACAAUAAAAAGUCAGCAUCAAAAGGACAACGAACCCUUGUGCUGCAUCUUCUUCAGCUUCUCCUGUGCGUGAUAGAGAUUAUAUGCCCUUAUAUUGAAGUUGUUCUCAUGGACAUAGAUAUUGAAUUAUAUUUGACAAUUCAAAUUUUUGAUUUUCUUGUGUUCAGCAUCUUGUCCAGGGCAGUGAGUCCAGUCGCUUAUGGCCUGAGAGAUGAGAAAUUUCGUGCAGUCCUGGUUUACUAUGCAAAGUGCAAAAUGAAUCAUAUCUCAGAGACGGAAAAAAAAAUAGCUGCAAGAUAG